AUGGACAUGGUCUUCCUACGGUCAGUCAAGAUGGAGGUAUUUGGUACUACUUCGACAGGAAGUGAGACGGUAGCACCGGGCAGAGACGCUGAUAUCCUUGAAGAAGAAACUGUAAUUAAAGAUGCAAACACUCGAGAUAACUCCCUUGUCUUUGAUAGAAACGAUCAUUCUCUGACAAGUCCGGUAACUUCGUUUCCGAAAUUACCAGACGAGGGCCACGGUGAUGGAGUGCCAGGCAACGUCGUCAUCACCCGUGCUUAUACAUGGAAGAAAAGGAAGACGAGCACGGAUAUCCUCAUCAUCGGCCAAGCGGUAGUCGACUUAUUUGCUAGCACGUUCGCACCUGUAGGCAAUGUUUUGCUGAUAGUUCUGGAGCGGAACGCCGAUCUUUUCUGUCGGAUAGCAGCUCUCGGUUUGUUCUUAAAAGAAAUGUACGCUCUUGCUUCGCUCUUGCUAACCUCUGCAAUCAGUAUCGAUCGCUACAUGGCUGUCUGUCGUCCAUUACGACGUCGGAUCACGGUACGAGCGUCGUGUUUCAUCGUAGCAGUAUGCAUUCUUGUCUCCAUCGUCACAAACAUCCCAUUUGUCACAUUCAGUGAAAUCAGAGACAAAACGCUCAACGGAAGCACCACGUGCGCAUCAUUGGUUCCGAGUUACGUGCAUUUCUCUUUCGAGGUUUUACACCUUAGCUCGUUUUUCUUGUCCUUUGUAACAAUAUCUGUCAUGUACGGCCUCGUAUACCAUUCUUUGCGGAAGAGGGCUAAGAUUCAUGCCGACCUCGUCAACAAUAGACAUGGUCUUCCUACGGUCAGUCAAGAUGUAGGUAUCCGUACUUUUUCGACAGGCCGUGCGACGGAACCACCAGGCAGAGACAUUGACAUCCUUGUCGAAGAAACCGUAAUGAAACGUGCAAAUACUCGAGACAACGCCCAUGAUGUCUUUGAUAGAAACGACCAUUCUCGGACAAGUACAGUAACACCGUUUCCGGAAAUAGCCGACGAGGGCCACGAUGAUGGUGAGAGGUUUUUCUUGAAUGCAAGAAACACUAACCUACUAUCUUCCCCACCACUUGGUUUAUCUUUACAGCAACCUAUUCCUGUUGCUGCUCCACGAAAACCGAUCAAGAACAAAUACUAUUCUGAUCAUGGACGGAAAACUACUCGCAUGCUUCUCAUCAUAACAGCUUUCUUCUUCGUAACGUGGACCCCUAAACUUAUCAUCCCUCAUUUACCAGGCCUAGGCCUAUUGUUUGAGUGUGGAACCUCGAUCGUCAUCAACAUUCUGCUAGAUCUCGUGUUUCUCAACCACAUCGUUAACUUCUUUGUGUAUUAUCUUGUCAACAAUAGCUUCAGAAAUGAUGUUAAGGAAUCUUUUAAAUUUUACAGAUUUGAUGAAUAA